GCUGUGCCAAGCUAAUCCGGUGAAGUUUUUCGCAAGUGGAGAAGAUGUGGAAUCGCGUCGCUUCUCAUCACAUAUGCAGAUUUUUCGAUUGAACAACGAUUGAUGUGUGUGUCUCACUCAUCUUCCUUCAUUCAAUUACUAUAAAAUACUUAAAAUUUCCAGAUAUUUCCAUUUCUCUCUCUCUCUCUGUCAACUGCAACAACAGCGACAACAAAAACAAGGCCACCACUUUUCGCUGUUGCUUGCUCUUCCUUUCCAGUACUGUUGCUAGGGAAAUCUCACAAGAUAGACAGAGACCUACUUUUGCUUAGCUUUAACUUGGUUCUACUGAUCGAAGUCUAUUUCCUCUCUUUGUGCCUGGAUUCCAAAAUCCUAACAAAAAUCCCACAUGGGAUUGGGGCUAAUUGGCAAAGCAAGGUCGACACAGGAGAACAUUUUCAAGUCUCAGCAAUCAGUAUGGAAUCGCAGCUGGGUCUAAUUGAGAAAUCCUUCAACACCAGAUACUCUCCCUGGGUCCGAGAAGCUCUCGAGGAAUUGCCCCACAAUUUCACCAUUACUGACCCCACCAUUUCGGGUCACCCUAUCGUGUUUGCAAGCCCUGGGUUCCUGAAAAUGUCGGGUUUUCGGAGAGACCAAGUGAUAGGGAACAACGGCAGGAUGUUUCAAGGUCCCAAGACGAAUAGAAAAACAGUUAUGGAAAUCCGGGAGGCAAUUCGAGAGGAGAGAGCGGUGCAGGUCAGUUUAUGGAAUUAUCGUAAAGAUGGGACGCCCUUUUGGAUGUUGUUUCAGAUGAGCCCUGUUUUUAGCAAGGAGGAUGGCAGGGUCAUUCAUUUCAUUGGGGUUCAGGUGCCUAUAUUGAGAAACAAAAGAUCAACCGAUGAUGGGGCCGAUGCUGCUUGGAACGAGAUUGUUUUUGGUUCCUGCAGGAGAGAGGUUUGCUCCGACUCUUUGGUGGAACUGGGACGUGUUGUGGCUUUGGAUGCCUAUACCAAGUGUAGAGGAGUAGAGACUGAAGAGCCAUGUGAGGCAAAUGACCUAGAGAAGCAAAGUGCUGCAACUGCCAUUAACAGCAUCUUGUCCGUGCUGACCCUCUACAGUGAGCCUACUGGCAGACUGGUGUGUGGGAAAAGAUGUAGCUCACCUGCGGCAGGACACAUUAAUUCAUCUUUAAAUAUAGCUCUUGGUAGAAUCAAUCAAAGUUUUGUAUUGAUAGAUCCACACCUGCCUAGCAUGCCUAUAGUUUACGCAAGUGAUGCCUUCUUAAAACUGACAGGUUAUGAUAGACAUGAAGUGUUAGGGUGCAAUUGGAGAUUUCUAAGUGGAGUUGGUACAGAUUCCUCGGUUUUGAAUCAGAUACAGCAAAGCAUUCAGGCUGAGCAAGCAUGCACGGUGUGUUUCUUAAAUUACAGGAAAGACAAUAGUACGUUUUGGAAUCUUCUUCACAUGUCACCUGUUCGUAAUGCUACUGGCAAGAUAGCAUACUUUGUGGGUGUUCAGAUGGAAGAAAAAUGCAAUAGCCAGGACAGACGUGGGCUGAGCCCUGAGACUAGGCAGCUUAGUGCUGUUGGUGCAGUCAAGGUAGCUGUAAGGAGUUUAUCUAUGGGUGCUAGCUGCUCCAAAUCAUCAGAUCGUUUCAAUACACUUUGAAGCAGAUGAUUACCAGAUGACAGGACUCCCUCACCAUGGUCCAUCUUGUUAGCUGUAUAAUUUCGUAUAAAGCUAGCUGCAAAGGUUGAAAUUAGGAAAAUAAUUUGCUCCACGGAUUGACGUUUUCGGACACGCAAAUUGUUCAUAUAUGAAAAAUAUCUUGAAGCAACCUGGGGACCUUUGCUCCAA